AUGAUUUAGAAGGUUAAUUAAAGAGAAAGAAAAAAGGAAAAAAUAGAGAAUUUAUUGGAGGAAGCUGAAUCUACCUUGUAUGAAUUAGAUAAGAAGUAGCAGAAAAUCAAUGAGCUCUAGGAAUUUUAACUUGAACUAUACCCUACUAAGAAGAAUUACUCAAAUGUCUCAAACAAAAUAUUUUAUCAAAAAUUGCCUUCAAACCUAGUUUCUAUUGUAGAGAAUUAUACAAGUGAAUCUGUCUCAGGUAGAGUUGAGACUUCAACAGAUUAAUAACUUUAAUAGCUGCAAGAUAAAUAGCUGACUGCUAAAUCCAAAUUUAGACCAGCUAGUGAAUAGAGUAAGAGAUUAUUGUCAAAUAUUUCUAAUUAAAAAGGACAUUAAGAUGGCCAAACUUAAUCAUAAUUAUUGGCAAAAAAUGAAGUCAAUCUUAAAGUUGAAAUUGAAUAACUUGGAAACUUUAAUAAAUUUAAAACAGAUUAGAGAAAAUAUGAAUCAACAACUAAGAUUAACAUACUAAACAAUUCUAUCAGUAAAUUGCCUACUCAUCACAAUGACCUCUACCUAAACAAGUCUUACACUAAAUCUUCUGAAAAUAAACCUAAAAGAUUGCAAUCAGAAUUUUUAUAGAAGACACCAGAUUAAUACUUAAAAUAGCCAUCAAAUACCGAAUCCAAGGCUAUUACAAUCACAACUUAAAUCCAUUAAUACUAACCAAACAUUCAGGAGAAUAAAAGCUAGAUAUUGAGAUUAAAUACUAGCAAUAAAUCUCCAAGUUACUAGAAGCAGACAACUAAUCUCAGUUUUAAAAGUUAAGAAUUCCAUAGUGUUAAGGGUAAGAAUUUACUUCCACCAAUAUUUUCAGGACCCCAAAAUAAAAGACAAAUGACACAAUUGUGA